UUCUUAUCAUGGCAAGAAUGUUAGAGCCCCUCAUCGUUGGGAGAGUGAUAGGAGAUGUUCUUGAUUCUUUCAAUCCAAGUGUAAAGAUGUCUGUAACUUACAACUCCAACAAGCAAGUGUGCAAUGGUCAUGAGCUCUAUCCAUCAUCAGUGGUCUCCAAGCCUAGGGUUGAAGUUCAAGGAGGUGACAUGAGGUCUUUCUUCACAUUGGUCUUGACAGACCCCGAUGUUCCUGGCCCCAGUGACCCAUACCUGAGGGAGCACCUACACUGGAUAGUGACAGAUAUUCCAGGCACAACAGACGCAACUUUUGGAAGGGAAGUGGUGGGGUACGAGAUCCCAAGGCCCAACAUAGGCAUCCACAGGUUUGUAUUCGUUCUGUUCAAGCAGAAGCGCAGGCAAGCAGUCACCCCACCCCAUUCAAGAGACCACUUCAACACCCGUCGAUUCGCCAAUGACAAUGAUCUUGGUCUCCCCGUCGCCGCUGUCUAUUUCAAUGCUCAGAGAGAAACAGCUGCAAGGAGACGUUGAUUCGAACACUCCCCGUCACUGCAUGUGCAAUCUACGUUCAAAAUCAGUCCUGUCACUUCCUAAAAUAAGUAUUUAGCUUCUUAGCUAUUACUGCUCAGCUCUUGAGUAGAAUAACGUACAGAUGGGACAGAUGGUGUAGAAGACUGUCUCUGAAGCCUCUCUCACUCUCUCUCUCUCUCUCUCGUGUGUGCGUCUCGAAUAUUAUGGUGAUUGUAAGUCUAUGGUUGUAAGUUCAUGUGAAUCUCUCUCUCCCCCACUUGAUCUCUUGAGGUUUUCACGGUGAAU